AUGAAUGUGUCUGAACUUUACGAACGCACGGAUUGGGAGUUCAUAAACAUAACAACGGCUGAUAUAAACUGGACCAACAUUUCAGAUCCGGAACGGGACGCCUGGGAUCGUUGGAACUCCUUAAUCCAAGAUCAUGUGGUUGUGGUGUCGCUCCUCCUGCUGUUUUCAAUGACAACAGUGUUCGGCAACAUGCUGGUUAUAUUAGCCGUGGUGCGAGAACGUUAUUUACACACAGCUACCAAUUAUUUUAUCACGUCGCUGGCAGUGGCGGAUUGUUUAGUUGGGCUUGUGGUGAUGCCCUUCAGUGCCCUGUACGAAGUAUUGGACCAUACGUGGUUUUUCGGACCGGAUUGGUGCGAUAUAUGGCGAUCACUCGACGUAUUAUUCAGCACGGCGUCGAUUUUAAAUCUUUGCGUUAUAUCGUUAGAUCGAUACUGGGCCAUCACGGAUCCAAUCACGUAUCCCAUGAGGAUGACGCGAAUAAGGUCAGCGUUGCUCAUUGCUGCGGUGUGGAUCUGUUCAAGUGCAAUUUCCUUCCCAGCGAUUGUUUGGUGGCGAGCCGUAAGGACUGAACCGAUUCCACCAUACAAAUGCCCCUUCACCGAACACUUAGGCUAUUUAAUAUUCUCCUCGACGAUUUCCUUCUAUUUACCAUUGUUCGUGAUGGUGUUCACAUACUACCGGAUUUACAGAGCAGCAGUCGCACAAACCAGAUCGUUGAGACUCGGCACCAAGCAGGUGCUCCUUGGCUCCGGGGAACUUGAACUCACACUGCGCAUCCACCGUGGAGGUACUUGCAAAAUACCUGAAUCCAGACAUCUUUACUCCACUCAAGAAGACGAGCCUUUGACAGCAUUGCAAAAUAACGGACUGGCUCGUAUGCCGUCAGCACGUCUAGGACCACACAGCAAAAAUUUCUCGUUGAGCAGAAAACUGGCCAAGUUCGCGAAAGAGAAGAAGGCGGCGAAGACACUUGGUAUUGUAAUGGGAGUGUUUAUUGUGUGUUGGUUGCCAUUCUUCGUGGUGAACUUGCUCUCUGGAUUCUGUCUGCAAUGCAUAUGGCACGAAGAAAUUGUCCUUGCGGUAGUCACGUGGCUAGGAUGGGUCAACUCCAGCAUGAAUCCAGUGAUUUAUGCAUGUUGGAGCAGAGACUUUAGAAGGGCCUUCUUGAGGAUUCUUUGUGUGUGUUGUCCACGUCAGGUGCGACGUCGAUAUCAGCCGGCGUUCAGAAGUAAACCAAGUCAGGUUGAUGAAGGAUUUGGUGAGGUCAUGUAUAACUUUUUGAGCAUAUUUAAGGCCCAGGCGAGAGACUAAGUUAAAUGUGAGGUUACUGUUAAUAUAGGCAUGAAAAUCUCGUGGAUGAAAUGAGAUGCAACCGUCUAGAAUUUAUGAUGCAUUAAAAUUAUUCGAUAAAGUUUUAUUUCCUUUUUUGUAUAUACUA